AUGAGUAGUGUUUACGAUUCUAGCGGAUUCAGCUCCCGGGACGAUUCCAUCCCACUCGGGGAGAACGAGUCGGACUACCUUGACGACGAGGGGAGUUUGUACACCGGGACAGAGGAGGCUGAGGACUCUUUGGGGAACGUUAAACGCGCACGGCGGGGUGAUGGCAGAGGCGCCGCGAGCUCCGGGGUCACGGGCCAGUCCAGCCAGUUUUAUUCCGGCCAGACGAGCUACCGCACGGCGUCGGAUACGAUCAGCCAGCCCCUCCCCUACGAGUCCGAGGACUACAGCUCGGGCUACGGCUCCCUCAGCUACGACUACGACUCCAGCGACCUCCGCUCGGGCUCGGCCUCCGAGCUCAGCUCGACGCUGCUGACUUUUUUCAACAAAAAUGAAACCAUCGCGCGGGUACGGGAGAUGGGGUACUUCUUCCGCCGGCCGAUUUUGUUUUUUCUCUUCUCGGUCGGCGGGAAUGGGGCCUUGGCGGGGUUUUUUCGCGCCAUGCAGGUGUGGACACCUCGGGCGGCAUCGGUGGGGUCAAAGCUUUCGACGGAGGCCCUGAGUUCGCUCGCCGAGGCGGAGCCUCGGAUGCUGGGCUACCCGAACGUCCCGAAUUGGCUGCGGGAGGUGCGUGCGGCGCUCCCGGCGGCGGUGGAGCGCCCGGCCGCGUGGGUUUUGCGAUCCCGCGGCGUCCCGAUCCUCUCGGAGCUGCAGGAAGCCUCGCGCCUCGCGGAGGACCACCUCGCGAAAAGCCUCUGCGACUCCGCCGUGAGCUGGAAAAACGCAGGGCAGAUGAUCCCAAUCGGGAUCUUUCUCCCCAUAUUCACUUACUUUACCCUGUACAUCGCCUCAAAUGUAAUCGCCAGGCGUCUGGGGAAACGUCGGCUCCUCCUUUUCGACGACGACCUUAGUCAGGUCGAUGCCAUCUCAGGGGUCGAAAGCCCCAAUUAUUCAAGAGAAUAUAGUGCCCUCAUGUAUGGUUCCAACCUGAGGUUAGGAUUCGCGAAAGCUGAGGAGGGGGACGAUCGCCCGGCCUCAGUCACUACCGCACCGGCCAGCAUGCCGCAGCAUCCGAUAAACGAAGGCGUCAUCGAUCCAUCCAAAGAAGGCUCGAAGAGUCAUCUGCCGAAACUCGAUUUACCCACAAAGAGCAUGGGCCCUUCUUUAUUCUCCGGAAUAGACCUCGACGGUAAUUUGGAUGGACAGGAGGAAUUACCGGCCACGACGCGGCCGCGGGGGGCGACGCUGCGACCUGACAAAAACGCGCCGCCGACGUCCUCGCCGGAUGCCAUGGGGGCUGCCCUUUUGCCGAUGAAUUCGACCUUGCCAUCGCGCGAGUCGUCAUUUCCGCAAAAUACUCCCGUUUUUUCCCUUGGGGGGGGAUUGCCGACCCGCGGCGUCGUCCAACUACGAGGGCAUCAAAUCCUCCUCGCGCUGAUCGGCACCCCGUCGGUAAUAGAGAGCAAUGGGGUUCUGGUGGCGGCCUUGCGGUAUGGGAUGCCCGCUGUUCUUCUGCCGGCUACCAUGGCUAACGAAUCUCGCUUGAUGGAGGUACCUAAUACCGAGCUCCAGAUCGAGUUCGCGCACGACAUGCUAUCGUGCGCACUCGAUCAUGCGGAGAAGUACUCCCUGGAAGUCAUCGCGAUCCAUCAAACGAAGGAGUUCGCCCCGGACGCCACUUCAUUGUAUACUUUCUCCCAUCCAGUCCGCGCGCUCUAUCUUUUCAUCCCGCCUUCUCAGGAAGAGGCUUUCGCGCCCGUUAUGGCUCAAGCCUCGACAACGCGUAUUUUCGUGGGCACCGCCAACCACGCUCAGCGGAGGAUCCCGGUCAAUGAAUGUCUCUACGAUCGGUUGAGCAAAGAACAAGGAUGA